CGGAUGUAUUGCGGUUGCGGCGCUAAUUGCGAUUGCAGAGCACCGAGCAUCAGAAAAAAUAACAUUCUGCGGAACGAAAUUAAAAAUUAAUAGUUUAUAAGUUGGUUAAUAACCAAACUACAGUAUCUACGACCAUAAUUUGAGAAGUUCAACAUGCAGACCAGCAGUGCAGCGUCACAAGAACCAACCAUGAACCAGAGCAUGUCACAGCCAGACGAACAUCUAGUGGAUGAGCAUUUCAAGUUAGCGGUGAAGCUCUGUCUGGAGAGGUUCGCUUCCAGUGAUGAGAGAGAGGUGGAAUUUCCCUCCUGCUUCUCUGGUACUGAGAGGACAUACAUUCAUCGAAUGGCUCAGUCUCUAGGUUAUGUUUCGAAGAGCAAAGAGAAAGGACCUAAACGCUUCCUCGUCGUCUGGAAGAAUGAGAGUGGAGACAAGACGUCCACUCCCCUCCCCAUCUCUCACAAGUCUUUACAGUUCAUCCAGUCUCUCCUUCAGAGGUUUCCCACCAGGUAUAAAGAAGACAUGGACAUUCAGUUCAAUACUGAAAGUGGCACAUAUGUGCCUGUACAGACUGACAACAGUCGCGACAAAUUCAGACCCACCGGAUUCUUACACAGCAGCCUUCCCUUGGUGCCCAAUAAGAGGAAUCCAUCAGAACUGGACAGCUUUCGAUGCUCCCUGCCAGUUCAUGGAUAUCAGGAGGAGAUCGUUCAGCUCAUCAGAACUAACAGGGUGUUGAUGGUGGUGGGAGAGACUGGCUCCGGGAAAACCACACAGAUCCCACAGUUCCUGCUGGAUGACUGCCACAUGAGACGUGAGGCCUGCCGGAUGUUCUGCACUCAGCCCAGGCGCCUGGCCGUUAUUUCCCUGGCUGAGAGAGUGGCAGCAGAGAGAGGAGAGAGUGUGGGCCAGACUGUGGGCUAUCACAUCAGACUGGAGAACAGGAUUUCUCCCAAGACACUGCUGACCUUUUGCACCCACGGAGUGUUACUGAGAACUCUGAUGACGGGAGAUUCCAGCCUGAAAACUGUCACGCAUGUCGUCAUGGACGAUGUGGAUGAGCGUGACGGUCUCACCGACGUUCUGCUCACAAAGAUGUGGAGUAUUCUUGAGCAGAUCCCCACACUGAAGCUGAUCCUGUCCAGUGCAGCUCUGAACGUAGACCUGUUCCAUCAGUACUUUGACUCCUGCCCCGUUAUUCACAUCAAAGGAAGACAGUUUGAAGUUCAGGAACUGUUUCUGGAGGACGUUCUGAAGCUCACAGGCUUCAACAUUCAAGACGCGAGGAAACAUGAGGCCGAGACAUCGAGAAAAGAGAAGCAGCAGACGUGUCUGACUAAGUGGUGUAAAGCAGCAGAGAACGAUGGCCAUGGCGGGAAACAGAGGAGCCUUGAGUCUGUCCCAGACUUCCUCCAGGACGGCAGUCCGCUGGACAGAGAGGACAGCACCGUCACCAGGCAGAUGGAGAACGACUCUGAGCAGCCGGAGCAGGAGAUGGACUUGUGCAUCUCUAACAGUUUCUUCAGUGAAGACCUGGAUUCUUUCAAUCGGCUGUUUGACCUCAUCCUCUACAAAAAUGUGCACGUGGAUUACGCACACAGUGAGAUGGGGGCCACACCUCUGAUGGUGGCAGCCAGUCGAGGACUUGUGAUGCAGAUGGAGCAGCUGCUCAUCAUGGGAGCUGACAUCACUAUUAAGGCGACUAAUGGAUGGACAGCUUUAGACUUUGCCAGAAGCUGCCAACAUCCAGAUGCAGUGGAUCUCCUGCAGGCCUCGUUUCCUUUGAGACAGUUGAGCGUAUUGGAAGAUCAGUGUGGACGGUCAGAACUGAGCAGUGAAGAGCAGGAGCUGGACCUCAUCAUGGAUCUCCUCCACUACAUUUGCUCCACCACCUGUGACGGAUCUGUGCUGAUCUUUGUAGCAGAUUACUCUCACAUUGUGUCUCUAAAGUACCGCAUCCAGCGUGAAGACCAAAGAUUUGUCGCCAUUGCUGAGAGGUUCCAGAUGUUCUCUGUAUAUUCAGACACACAGACUCUGGAUCACAAAACAGUGAUGGAUGCUUCUCCACCUGGAGUCAGGAAGAUUAUUCUUUCCACUAACAUCGCCGAGACCAGCAUCACCAUCAGCGACGUGGUGUUUGUUAUCGAUUCAGGAAAAAUCAAAGAGACGUCCUUUGACAGCAUCAGUCAUGUGUCCAUGUUGAAGACGCUUUGGAUUUCCAAAGCCAGCGCUCUGCAGAGGAAGGGAAGAGCCGGACGCUGUAGACCAGGGAUCUGUUUCCACCUCUUCAGUCGCCACAGGUUAAACAACAUGGUGGAUUUCAAGAUUCCACAGCUGCUGCAGAUGCCACUGCAGGGAUUGUGUCUGCAAACCAAGCUGCUGGUUCCCUCUUGUCCAGUGUCCGACUUCCUGUCCAAGACUCCACAGCCUCCUCAUGCAGACGCCGUCAGCAAAACUGUGCACAGGCUGAAGGCGAUAGACGCCAUGGACCAGGAUGAAGACCUGACAUAUCUGGGCUGCUACCUGGCCGACAUAUCCAUCGAGCCUCACCUGGGGAAGAUGGUGCUGAGCUCCGUGGCGCUCAAGUGUCUGGACCCCGUCCUGACCAUCGUGUGCGCGCUGGCCUACCGCGACCCCUUCGUCCUCCCCAAGCAGGGCCGCGAGAAAACCGUCGCUCUGCAGUGUCGCAGGCGUUUCUCGUCCUGCAGCCUCAGCGACCACAUGGCUCUGCUCCGAGCCUUCCAGGCUUGGCAGAGAGCUCGCCGUGAAGGAGGAGAGAAAUCCUUCUGUGAGAAGAACUUCCUGUCCCAGUCCACCAUGGAGAUGAUAUUUGACCUGCGGGUGCAGCUGCUGGGACAACUCCGUGCUAUUGGAUUCGUGCGUCCUCGCGGAAGCAGCAACAUCCAUGAACUGAACCAGAACUCUGAGAACUGGGCCGUGGUGAAGGCGGCGCUGGUGGCCGGCAUGUAUCCAAACAUGGUCCAUAUGGACACCUCAGCGUCCUCCAGCAGCACAGACAGGAAGGUCCACUUCCAUCCCACGUCUGUGCUCAACCAGUUCAGGGAGAUCAACUCGGUGAAAUCAGGCGAGGUGUUUCCCACCACCUGGCUCAUUUACGAUGAGAUGUGUCGAGGAAAGAGGAAGGCCACUGUCCGCUGCUGCUCGCUGGUGACUCCCAUCACUGUGGCCAUAUUUGCAGGUCGUGCCAUGUUACCCAGUUCUCCUCUGCUGGAAUAUGCUGUACCCAGACCAGCUGGUUCCUCUCGUUCAGACAGUCGGCAUGACGACAGCGACAGUGACACAGAGGAGAUGGCUGAGAUGAGUGUGGACAAGUGGCUCACCUUCUACUGUGACCCAGAGGCUGCAGGACUCGUGUUCAAACUGAAGCAGAUGUGGCAAAGUUUGUUUGUCAAGAGGGUCCGCUGGCCUUCAAAGGUGUACACUCAAAGAGAGGAGACCAUCCUCCAGAUCCUGGUGUCUGUGCUGACAGAAGAGGAGCGGGGCGGCGGCCUGCAGCAGCCCACAGGGAUCGGACAGCGGCCCUGGCCAAUGACAUUAGGAGAUUUGUCUCUGACUCCCGUGAACAGCCCUGACAGCAGCAGCAGCCACCAGAGAGCCAGCAGCUCCACCCCUGACAGGAGUCCAGCAGCCUCAGGUCUGGUCCAGAGGAGAAUCCUCAGCAGAGACGACGCCUCACUGCCCACACGUCGACUCUCUGACUACCUCUGGACGUCCUGCUCUCUGACCUCCAGGAGUCCGUCCACCUCAGAGAAGGUGCUGACAGAAGACGAGCAGCAGCCGUCAUCAGAAAUCAGCCCCUGGACCCUGUGAUGACCCCUGAGAUUAUCUGCCAGCAGAGGGCGAGCUGAGCUGCUCCGUCCUCCUGUCAGAUCUGAAGUCUUCUGAGAACACGGACGCAAAAAAAGGACCUUUAUCUGUGCUACGCUCUACGUUAACAGCAGCAGCUCCAGUUAAUUACAAUGUAAUCUGUGUAGAUUAUUAAUUGUAAACAGCCAUGUUACGUAAAAAAAAAAGAAAGAGGAUAAACUCUACACAAAAUUCUACACAAAAACUAAACUAAUAGGAAUCUACUGUACAUGAUGACAUUAUGUCAUGACCCACUUGUUGAGUGACUUGUUCAGUCUGAAUCAGUGUAAGGACACACUUCAAAUCGUGUGUUUUACUUUCACCUGAGGUUUUUUUUCACACUUUAGCUGUUACGUUUUAAACUGUUCCGUUUGUGUCGUCACUUGUUGGAAUCGCUGUAGACGUUGUGUGACGUGUUGAGUGUGUCUGUCUGGCUCUGCCGGACAAACACCAGCACUUGUUUUGUUUGUUCAGUGGUGUGGUGAGGAGGUGAAGUUUGGACUGUUGGAGUUAGUUGACAUGCCGCUGUGUGAUUGUGUUGAUGACCAGACACAAAUAAAUGUCAACCCUAAAAAACAAAA